GAAAUGAAAAAUAUUUUGUCUUGUUGAAAUGUUUUCACGACGUUCUCUACGGAAAAUCAAUAAGCACAUGCUCGACGUAGGAGUGGGGUCGAGUUGUAGGGUGCAUGUGUCCUCAGUUUGGCACAGCAUCUGUGUUGAAUCGUGUAAAAAAGAUCUCUGAAUAAAAUUUAAUGAUUUUUAUGUAAUAUAUAAUACUGAAAAAUACUCAAAGUAUGUUUAAGUGUUUUGUUAGUAUAAAUUUUAACUAUUUCCAAGUAAAAACAUUGACAUUACUGCCUCUUUUAUGAUUAUCAGGACACUCCAACAAGUUGUCCAUAUGGGUAACUAAAUGGCAGCUCUGAUUGUAAUGGAAGACAGUGGUAUAGAUAGUGAUCCAAAGCCUGUGACUCGUCUUGAUGAUGACAUAUUAUUUUUGACAAGUGACAGUAGCUGCAGUAGUAAUCAAGCACAACCUAUUCAACGUUCCACGACAAAACAAUUACAAAGAAAGCUGGAAGCAAGAAUUGAGCAAGCAAAGCGGAUUCAGCGUGGCUCCGACUAUAUAAAACUUUCAAAUAACGAUAAAAGUAACACAGAAUCCAGUACCAAUUCCAGUGGAUUAAUACCAAUCCAGAGAUUGCCCAUUCCACAUAAAUCCAAUGAGCAUCAUCCAUUGGUGGAGUAUUGGCAAAGUGAUACCGAGAGUGAAGAUGAAACGACUCUAUUUCCCUUGUCACGAGGAAAAGAUUGUGGCAAACACAAACAAGAUCUCACAGAUACUUUCAGUAUUGAAGAAUUGAGUGAAGAAAGCGAAGAUUCUUUAAAUUUGGGUCCAACCAAGUUGCCCAAUCCUCAUACUCGAACAUAUACACCAGCAGGAUGCUUCAAUUGUCAAUGUCGCAUUCUCUGAAAUUAUCAAAUUAAUAAGAUCAAAUUUAAAUUAAUUCAUUUUGUCAACUUUUGUUUUAAACAAAUAUAAUGUGUACAUUCUAGUCUUCCAUCUCUGGUACUUACAUAUUUUAUAUGAUAAUUUUUUUUUUCAUAAUUUAAACAAACAGUGAAAUGUAAAAAAAAAAUGAUGUACUGCAAACAUGUUUAGAAACUUUACUUAUACUUGUGCUUCACAAACUAGUCAUCAUAUUUGGAUUCAUAUGAAAAAUUAAUAUGCAUACUUACAUUGACUUAAACAUGUUAACUCUAUACCAAUCAAAUAAUUAUAUGGCAAUGGCAAUUAGAUCUUUGAAGAUUAUAAGAAUAAAGUUUUAUCAAAAUGUUUUAUGAAAAGAGUAAUAAAUA